AUGCAGACGACAACGACUGUGUUGACAACGGUAAUCAGGAAGUCUUCUAGUUCAGGAUCAAGUUCUAUAUCUUCACAAACUGGCCUUUCUACGGCUGCAACAACAGUAACGACAGUAGCAACAUCUCUACACUCUGUCCCAUCAAACCUAUUAUUUUCAAAUGUUGCAGCUCAGCCGAAGUCCUCUUCAGCAGGCACAAUUGGCCUUUCGAUUGGGUUGCCCAUCGGAAUAUUCUGUUUUGGAUUACUGGUACUUUUGUGUUUUUUUUACCUCAAAAGAAAUUCGAUGUCAAUCUCAAAUCCACCUAUGUCAGCCACGACCGCAAGUGAGGAAGAGCGUGGUCGUCGUACCAAUUGGUUUUCACGCCUAUUCGGGUUGAGUAAAUCAGAGCAUGAAGACUCUUAUUCUGGUCGUGACAUUGAGAAGUAUAACGACACUCAAUGGACAUCUGGGGAUAACAUGUCUUCGAAAAUACAAUACAAAAUCUCCAAGCCUAUAGUGCCGCAACACAUACUGACACCCAAGAAAACGGUUAAAAACCCAUAUGUUUGGUCGAACCAAAACAUAUCACUAGAUCCCAAAGUCAAUGAAAUGGAGGAAGAGAAAUUUGUGGACACAUUUUUGUAUACUAAACCACCGAAUAUUGUCCAUAUUGAAUCCAAGAUGCCCUCGUAUAAUGAUCUACCUUCUCAAAAAGCUGCUUUAUCAAAUAAGCCUUCAUUGAAAACAGGCGAGAAAUGGAACUAUGAAUCUCCACUAUCCAGAUGGUUCUUGAGGGGUUCUACAUACUUCAAGGAUUACGCCUUAUCAAAGUCAUCCUUAAAGACGCCAACUGCUGCCCCACAACUAAAGCAAAUGAAAAUACUUUCCAGAAUAAGCAAAGGUUACUUUAAUGAGUCAGAUAUACUGCCAGAUGAGCGGUCACCCAUUUUAGAGUACAGUAAUACUACUCUGCGGGCAAAUGAAAGUGUAAAUGACUUGGGUAAUACAACACCAGAUUCACAAGUCACAUCUUAUCGCAACAGUAAUAUCGAUCUAGUUAUGGCGAGACCUAAUUCAGUGAUUUACGGUACCACUAUACAACAAAACCUGGACACUAACUUCAGUGAUGGCCACGAUAGCAAUAGUAAAAUUGAGAAACACGAAUUGAUAAUACCCACAGCAUCAAAAAAACCACACAAAAAAAGAAAAAAGAGAAGACAAAGUAAAAUGUACCAACAGUUGCAGUAUCUGUCAUGUUCCAAACCAUUACCACUCACUCCGAAUUCUAAGUCCAAUGAAGAAGCGAGUGUCCAGCUGGGGAAGACCUACACAGUUAUACAAGAUUAUGAACCUAGAUUGACUGACGAAAUCAGCAUCACUUUGGGAGAAAAAGUUAAAAUUCUAGCUACACAUACUGAUGGAUGGUGUCUGGUAGAGAAGUGCAAUGUGCCCAACGGUCGUGUUCAUGUCAGUGUUGAUGAUAAAAGAUACCUUAAUGAGGAUAGAGGUAUUGUACCUGGUGACUGUCUUCAAGAAUACGAUUGA